GACCCGUCGCCCACCUCACAUCCUAGGCCUCGGGGCUAUCAGCGCCAUCAUCAUCUCUGCCUUCCUCCACUCCAUCUCUUAUCAUCCAUCCUUCACAUCAUCCUUCCCCCUUCCUGCAUCGCCAGUCCCGUGUUGCAGAGCACAGCCGGCUGACUAGACGUCGCUGGCAGCACCCGCCUGUCGCCAUCAUGGCCGCCGCACCAACCACAACCUCCCUCGACACUCUCAUCACCUUGAAGGUCAACCACAAUGGGUCCGCCAAGCGCUUCAAGCUCCCUCUGCGUGACCUGACCAUGGUCUCCCUCGAGGACAAGAUUCGCGACUUCCUCCAAAUCGCCCCGGACACCAGCGCUUUGAUCGAGCGAUACUCCGACUCGGCCGCCGCAUUUGUGACGGUAGAAAGAGACAACAUCCAGGUCUACAAGCAGCUCUUCCGUGCUGCCAAGGCCAAGCACAAGCUCAAGCUGCGUGUAACCACUCCGCAGUCGAGCCCUUCGUCCGUCAUCCCGCAGCCCGCGACAGUUGAGGACGACGUCGAUGGUGAGCACUCAGCUCAUAGCGAGCCACAACUGGUCUCUCCAUCGACCUCGACGCUCGCCAUGGCCGAGCCAGCCGCGCUUGUUCUUACUACCGAGGCGCCUUCGCAGGUUUCCUUGACCUCUGAAGCCUCACAGGAAACCCUGCAGGAGACGGCCGUGCCCUAUCUCCCCGCCUUUACCUUCUCCAAGCGCCCUUUCACUGUCUGCUGCAACAAAUGCGACAAGGCAGUGCCUGAUGCCCACUUCCACUGCUCGAAGUGCGAUGAUGGUGACUUCGAUCUUUGCCAAGAAUGUGUCAACUCUGGCAUUACAUGCAACGAUGACAGCCACUGGUUGAUUAAGAGAACAAUCAAGGAUGGCGAGAUCACGCAAAGCACUACUGCUCGCAUCCUGACAACCAAGAAGGUCCCCGUGGCUGCCCCAGCUGCCGUGCCCACCGCCGCGGUUCCCUCCAUCAUGGACCUUCCGAUUCGGCCACUCGAGGCGGCCACCUGCCGUGUGAGCUCAGCUCCCACCUGGAGCACCGCCUACAAUGCUCGCACGUGCAAUAGCUGUGUGCAAGAGUUCCCCGAGCAAAACUUCGUCCACUGCAACACGUGCGACGACUUUGAUCUUUGCAAGGCUUGCUUUGUGACAGAUCAGCACGGCCAUCAUCCCAAGCACACCUUCAGCGCCGCUGUUAAGGGCACUGCCUUUGAUCAGGCCGUCUCGACUCGCCUCGCUGCCGGCCGCAACGUGCUCCACAACGCGAUUUGCGAUGGCUGUGAGCGCUAUGUGCGUGGUGUUCGUCACAAGUGCCUCGACUGCCCAGACUGGGACUACUGCUCUGAAUGUGUACAGAGCGCUGCUCUCAUUCACCCAAACCACCGCUUCGUUCCACUCUACGAAGCACUGAUCCACCCUGCCACUCGCCAAAGCCAGAGUGCAACUCAUUAUGGAAUCCGAUGCGAUGGGCCUCUUUGCACAGCCAAUGGUGGUACCACGCAUUACAUUGUCGGUGACCGAUACAAGUGUGCUGUCUGCCACGACACUGACUUCUGCGCCAACUGUGAGGCCAGCCCUGCCAACGAACACAAUAAGACUCACCCCCUCAUCAAGUUCCGCACUCCGGUUCGUCACGUGAGUGUGACUACGCUUGGCGAGCACGAGGACGGUCAGCGCCUUCCCCCUAUGGGUGACCGCCGCAGCAGACGUCAACCAAUGGUCCCAGCGGCGGCUCCUGCAACAUCAACCCGCGACAGCAUCGCCGCCUCUCCAGUGCAAACUGUGGUCGAUGUGAAGCCGACAGAGUCGGCCCCUGUCGAGGCUCCCAAGGUUGAGCAGCUCAUCGCAUCGACUGCCAAGGACGAGCCAGCCGGUGACGCCUCUUUGGUUGCCACCUUCCAAAGGGAUACCGUGGCUGAUGGCACCACUUUCCCACCCAACCACAUCUUUGAGCAGACCUGGACCCUUCGGAACGAGGGCUCCACGGCAUGGCCCGCUGGCUGUGCUGUCAAGUUUGUUGGUGGUGAUUACAUGGGUGCAAUCGAUCCCCACCACCCUGCGGGACUCAACGAGCUUGUGUCGGCCUCCGAGUCCAACGUGGUCCCGACGACUGUCGCACCUGGCCAGGAGAUCUCGUUUUCCGUGAUGCUGCGCACACCUGAUAGAGAGGGCAAGGUUAUAUCUUACUGGCGCCUUACAACCAGCGACGGCCACAAGUUCGGCCACAAGCUUUGGUGCGAUGUUGUCGUGAAGAAGCCUGCGGAGGUGCAGGCAGACGAGGCCGUCAGGAGCCAAAUGAUCAUUCCCAAGCUCGAGCACGAGUCUCCAUCUGCGAGCAUCAUCCAGGACAACAGAGCCGAGACUGAGACGCAGACAGAGACUGCUACGGAGACCGCCAGCCUCCCCGCCUUGGACCGUGCCGAGGAAGACUUUGAGGAUUGUGCCGAUGCUGAUAACUGGGCCAACGACUCUGACGACGGUUUCAUGACUGACGAGGAGUACGACAUUCUGGAUGCGUCGGACGAGGAAUACCUCACUGAGCAGCACAGAUCGGCGUCGAGCCGUAAGUGAUCGCGGCGCCACGUCCGGGAAUGGAGGCAUUGAUGUGAGCUUACGUGUACUAUGGCGUGCCCAUCCGUGCACUCGAUGCA